CAAACCAAAGAAGAAUAUUCCAGAGGGGUCUCACCAGUACGAGCUGCUAAAACAUGCCGAAGCCACGCUUGGGAGCGGUAAUCUCCGAAUGGCCGUUAUGCUUCCAGAGGGUGAAGACUUAAAUGAAUGGGUUGCAGUUAACACUGCAGGGAAAUCAACGUUUGUGAAUAUUCUCAAGCAAGCUGAUGAGGAAUGGGAGGUUGUUCCUGAGCCUGUAGCAAGAUGGUGCAAUGUUCAACAAAAUGCUGAAGAGGAUGGAGAGUGGUCUUUCACUUUCCAGACAUACGCGUGCCUCAGCAGGAUCCGGGCUCAGCUCCGAUCCCUUGAUGGGAAACUCCGAGAGGCAGAGAAUCCUGUGGUCUUCUUUGAGCGAUCUGUCUAUAGCGACAGAUAUAUCUUUGCAGCUAACUUAUAUGAGUCUGAUUGUAUGAAUGAGACUGAAUGGACUAUUUACCAAGACUGGCAUGACUGGAUGAAUAAGGAGUUUGGUCAAAGCCUAGUGCUGGAUGGGAUCAUUUAUCUCAGAGCUACACCUGAGAAAUGCUUAAAUAGGAUUUACUUGCGCGGAAGAGAUGAAGAGCAAGAAAUUCCCAUUGAAUAUCUGGAGAAGCUUCAUUACAAACAUGAAAGUUGGCUUCAGCAUAGAACAUUGCGAACUGAUUUUGAAUACCUACAGGAAAUACCUAUUUUAACAUUAGAUGUUAAUGAAGACUUCAAAGGCAAAAAGGACAGAUAUGAUCACAUGACUGAAAAGGUCAAAGAAUUUUUGAGCACGCUAUAAUCCUCUUUGAAGCAUAGGCAGAAUCAAACUGUUCCAAACAUCUGUGAGAUCAAAGUCUGAAGUACAGCUUCUGCUUUCAUAGAAGGCCUCUGGAGAGGCAGGACUCAAGCCUGUUAAUUAAUUGUGAGGAACAAACAAACUUUCUGUAUAGAGAAAUUAUUAAAUAAAUCGCUAGAUCUGUUCAGUAUUAUAUAAAAUAGCACACAAAAAUUUGAAGGUACUAGAGUCCUGAGAGUUUCCAAAUAUGACAUCUGUUUCUAAUCAGAGACACAAGUCCUGGAGUAUGCUAUUGUGUUAUUUUUAUUUAUUUUGUUUCUAGUAUCUAUUUAAUUCCCAAGAAGGUAGUGGUUUCUCCGGAACUGUUGUUAAUUUUUUUUAGUGAAUUUGACUUGUUACUGAUGUUUUUACUUUUUUCUUCCUCAGAACGAUAGGACAAUUUUUACUCGUGACAGAAUUAAUAUAGCAUAGAGUUUUAUAUUUCAAGGUAUAAAAAUAUCAUCUGACAGUUUUCGUAGGUGAGGCACUUCUCAGAAUACGCUGAAUUGCAACAAGCCUAACAUAGCUGAAAUUCUGUAGCUAGUAAAUAAGAUUUUAUCUCUGAUGUUUUCAUGGUGCACUGCAGACUAGGCUAUUAAGAGACUUUUCAUUUUUUUAGCAUGCUGCUUUUUGUUUUUUGUUUAGUUUUUUUUACUCGUUAUGAUACUGAGUCAUUUUUGGCAGUUGGUAAGUCCUCUUUUCCUGUAGAUAAGUAUGUUCACUUGAUGGAUAUUGUAAAGGGAAGAAGAAAAUUUUGCAAACGGUCUUCAGCUCUAAAUGACAUGUUUCUAAACAUACUUAACUGCAUUUUGGAUGUCGGAGAUGAUUUCUUGCUUUCAUUCCAACUUCUCUGUUUGUUAACUGGGCCUUUUGGGUGUUUACACGUGAAUACUGCAACAUGCAGAGUAGGCUGUUUUUUGUCGUGGUCUUGUAGUAAGAAGGGGGGGAACUUUGGUGUAGCUGCUGUUCUAAUGCAUUGUGGUUUUUGUUGUUUUUUUGUAGCUAAGCCACUUUUGUUUUAGGUGCAGAAAUAUUAUAAACUGUACAGGGUACGCCUCUUGGAAGUGCUGUGUUUUAUGCGCUGUCUUGUUUUGCUUUAAACAUCUCUGAAUGAUUACACAGUUGGCUUUUGAAUGUAAAAAUUGUAUUGUAAAGCAUUUUAUUGUUUUCUGUGGUGCCUGUGAUGUCUGCUAAUUUGAGAUUAAAUUUCUUCCUUUGUGGUUGGAAUUGUGCUGGCAUUCUCUAACUAUUAACUGAAAAAUAAAAAUGGAU